AUGAUGUUAUUUGCCUUCAACGAUCAACUCCACAACGAAGGAUAUGACUUUAAAUUCAUCUCAUGCACUGGGUUCUGUUUUGCGCUCUUUAGGACUCGGCCCUUCUCGCAUGCUCAACCCCCGGUCUGCAAGUCGUCCUCGAGAACAGCUCUAAGGAGACCCAGCCUUCAAACCCAAGUUCAAAGAAAGCCUGAGAAUACCCAGAAUAGGAAGAUACCCACCCAGAUCCUCUUCAAACGCAAAAUGCGUGCAUUUCGUGACCAAGAGAUCCGACUCGGCUGCCCGAGACAUGCUAUUCAUGACCACUAA